AUGACAUCACAAACAACAACAACAUCAUCAUCAUCAUCAACAAUAAAGCAAUCACCAUUUGAAACAUCAAUUCUUGAUCAAGUACGAUUGAAUUUAAUUCAUUAUAAUUAUUGGAAUAAUGUUACAGUUUAUAAACAUGAUGAUUUAGAAUUUUUAUCAGGGUAUCCUCCAGAACCAUUAAUACCUAGUGAUAAUAUUAAUAUUACUCCAGCCACUCCAAUUCUUAAAUCAUUAAAUAAUCCCAAACAAAUUGAAAUAGACAAUAAGGAUGAUAAAAUAGAAAAUAUCAAUCAACUACAACUGGAAACGGACAUAGAAUGGAUAAUACCUCGACGAUUAAUUCAUCACCAAACCCAAACCCAAACCCAAACCCAACUUCAAAAUCAAAAUCAAAAUCAAGAUCAACUGAAAUUAACAGUUGGAGAAAUAAAUCAUUGGUUUAAAAUCAUUAAAACAAUUAUAGGUUAUCGACCUAAAAGAAUAAUUAUUGCUAUUAUUAAUGAUGAUGGAACAAUUGUAUAUUAUUUUAUUCAUGAUGGAAUUACAAAACCUAGACAAAAUUAA